AUGGCUUCCGCUGCAGCCGCUAUGACCGAAACCACCCCGUUGCUGUCCUCGUUUGACCCUUCAGCCCUGGAGCAAGCCGACAGCAAGAAUGCGCUUAAUUCAGAUGUCGGUCUUGUGCUGGAAACGAAUUGGAAGACGGAGUCCCAAUUACUUCUCGGGUACUCGGCUCCCUUGAUAUGCACCUACCUUCUGCAGUAUUUCUACAACCUGGUGAUCAUUUUGGUCGUCAGCCAUCUGGGGACCGAUGAGCUCGCUGCCGUCUCGCUUGGUAUCACUACCAUGAACAUCACCGGCUUUGCUGUUUUCGAAGGAAUGGCAACAAGCCUUGACACUCUCUGCGCUCAAGCUUACGGAUCUGGUAACUUGAAGCUUGUGGGACUGCACAUGCAAAGGAUGAUCCUGUUUUUGAUGCUGAAAGACCUUGCCGUUCUGGCUGGAUCGUUCCUGCGGAUAUCUCUCAUCGGAGUUCCAGGUUACGCAACGUUUGAGGCAGGGAAAAGAUUUGUGCAAGCGCAGGGCAAUUUCACAGCAUCUUUGGUGGUUUUACUUCUCUGUGCCCCCUUGAACUUGUUUCUCAAUGCGCUCUUCGUCUUUCGACUGCAAUGGGGUGUUUCUGGUGCGGCUCUUGCAGCAGCCCUUACGAACUGUUUCCGGCCGGUACUCCUGCUGCUCUACAUCCGCUUCGCAGCGCCCUGGACACUGCAAUGCUGGCCAGGCUCUACCUCAGCGGCCUUCCGGAACUGGUCUUCGAUGGUCAAGCUCUCCUUUGCCGGAGCCGUCAUGACAAUGUGCGAGUGGUUCGCCUUCGAGAUCCUCAAUCUCAGCACCGCAUACAUUAGCACUGCUCACCUUGCUGCGCAAUCCCUUCUGUCUACCGCUUGUGUUCUCGUGUGGCACAUGCCCUUCUCUGCCAGCGUUGCUGUGAGCACGAGGAUAGGCCACCUUGUCGGAAGCGGAGCCUUGGAUGCGGCCAGAAAAGCAACCAGCACCUACGCGGUCAUCUUCGCGCUCAUCGGACUUGUGGACGCCGCUCUAUUAGUUUUUGCUUUGAGAGAGAUCUUCUUGCCGUUCUUCAUCGAAGAUGACAGGGUUCGUGCGCUUGUUGAAAGCGCAUUGCCUUACCUGGCAGUAUUUCAGUUCGUUGAUGCUACUGCCUGUUGUUGCCACGGUAUCAUGAGGGGCCUCGGCAGGCAAGCCAUCGGCGGAUGGGUUAUUUUCUCCGUGAACUACGCGUACGCUGUGCCGCUGGCCCUUUAUCUCGAGCUAGGACCGCCGAAGCUGGAGUUGAAUGGGAUGUGGAUUGCUCUAUGGUCCGGUUCGGCCUUGCUCACGGUUGUGGAAGGCCUGGUUACGAAAUGGAUGAGUUGGCAGCGUGCUGUUGAGGACGCGAGAAAGAGGGAGGAGCCGGUGGUCUCUUGA